UGUACGUUGAAUAAUGGGUUUUUUUUGGCGUCGUGAUGAGGAGUUUGGGGAUGAGGGGGAAGAGGACCGGUGCUAGGGUCGCAUUGUCGGUUUCCGGGGGUCCGAAAGGUGUGUACGCGGGCUGGAAUCACCUUGUUAAUUUAGUCAUGUUUGAGGGGAGACGGUAUCUAGUCGAUGUCGGCUUCGGCGGGAAUGGACCGACGGCCCCGCUCGAGUUGAGGGAUGGGAAUGUGAUGCAGUGGGGCAGUACCGGGGAUGAAGUGAGGUUGCUUUGGAAGGGCAUAGGCGAGUUUGAGAGUCCUGAGGAGAAGUGUUGGGUGUUGGAGCAUAGGAGGGAAGGUGGAGAAUGGGAGGAGGUUUAUUGUUUUACCGAGGUGGAGUUCACGGAGGCGGAUGUGGGGGUUAUGAAUUGGAAGACGGCGAGGGAUUUGAGGGGGAGUUUCUUUAAUCAUAUAAUUAUCUGUAUGAGGACGGAGAUGGAGGGGGAGGAUGUGGUGGGGACAGUGGUUUUGAGAGAUGGGGUGGUGAAGAGGGUUGUUAGGGGGGAGAGUCAGACGAUUAGGGUGUGUAAGAGUGAGGUUGAUAGGUGGGAGGCGCUGGAGGAGCAUUUUGGGAUUGUGCUUGGCGUGCAGGAAAGGAAUGGGAUUAAGGGAAUGGUGACUGAGUUGAAGGGGAAACCGGAAGAUGAAUGA